AGCCUGGUGAGAGGCUGAUCGCUCGCUCGCUAGCGGAGGGGAGCCGGUGGCCGUGUUCAAUGGUUCUCCACAGAGCUGGCUCACUCUCUGCUCCCCCGAACGACAUAUCGUGAUUUCCACUGAAUCCGGACCCGAUUUAUUUAUUUUUUUCCUGGGGGUUUGGGGUUUGUUUUCUUUUGGUAGUGGGGGGGGGGGAGAGGAGAGGAGGGCAAAACCCCGCACAACUCUCACUCACGACCAACGCGAUGGAGUGCGCGGUGGAUGCCCAGAGCCUGAUCUCGAUUUCUUUGCGGAAGAUCCACAACUCCAGGACGCAGAGAGGGGGCAUCAAGCUGCACAAGAACCUGCUGGUCUCCUACGUCCUGCGGAACGCCAGGCAGCUCUACAUGAACGAGAAGUACGCGGAGAUCUACCGGAUGCAGCAGUACGAGGAGGUGAUGACCGUCUGCAGCGAGAUCCAGGAGCUGAACCCGCUCGAGCUGGGCGAGGACGGCGCGGAGCCGAGCGCGGAGUGCGGCGCUGGUCCUUCCUCUUCCUCCUCCUCCUCCUCCGGCGGAGACCCUGCGCCCGUGUGCGCUGCGCUCCUGGCCGGCGCCGGCGGCCACACAGCCGUGUCGCCGCCGCCGCCUAGCCCGGCGCUCCACGGCGAGGACGCCGGCAAGGACACGGACGCCAGUUUCUACCGGAGCUGCUGCGCCGAAGCCUACCCGGUGCCGAGCUGCGACUUCCUCCCGGCCGGCGGCGCGCACUGCAACAAGACCACCGUGCUGGACUUGGACACGCACGUCGUGACCACGGUGGAGAACGGCUACCUGCACCAGGACUGCUGCGGCGCGGCGGGGCCGCCGUGCUGCCAGGGCGCCCCGGCGCCGGCGAAGAAGCGCAAGGCGGACUUCGGCUACUACGCGGCCGGGGGAGCCGAGGAGGUGGCGGAUUUCGCGCCGUGCAAGCGGAGCAGGUUCGAGGAGUGCGCCUGCCCCAGCCCGGAGCCGCUGGACUCCUCGAACAUCUCCAACCUGAUCUCCAUCUUCGGCUCGGGCUUCACGGGGCUGGUGAGCAAGCAGGCGGACUUGGAGCAGAGUUUGAACGGACAGUUCUGCAGCAAACAGGCGCUGGCCAGCCUGAGCGGCUGGACUCGAGCGAUCGUGGCGUUUUGAUCCAGUUGGGAAUGUCGGGGGACUGGAGGGGGGGGAGAGAAGAUACUUUAUAGAAAAAAAAAGUUGAGGGGGGGAGAAAAGACAAUUGUACAGAGUUUAAAACAAAGGGACUUUAUUUUUGCUAAAAAGCACCUAUUUAAAUAUUCAGCAGGGUUUUUUUUUGUUGUUGUUGUGUUCCGGUUCGGUUUAACGGGGGUGGGCUGGGGGGGGACACAGAGGGGCAGACUUUCCUUUUCACCGAAAAUGUCUCUUUUAAGCAUUUGAAGCAUUUUAAAUGGUUGUUGUGAAUCUUAGAUGACGAAGUUCAUUUCGAUGCCUUAAACCCAGCGUGUACUGCUACUGUUGCUACAAACAUUUAAAGUGAUUGAAUGUGUCGCUCGCUCGCUGCCCCUUGCGGUUUGGGUUUUUGGUAUUUCAGCGGUACCGAGAUUAUGAUGUGUAUCAUUCAGCAGAAAGCGAAAAACCCUCCGAUUACAGUCCUUUUGUUACACUUUCAUUGUUGUACGAGCCCUAACAGCGUCUUAAGACCAUGAGAAGCAGAAGUGUCUUGCAUCUGAACGACCGAUAUUUCAUCACUGCGAGAGAGUUCGUCCGGUUUUUCUCUUCUCCGAACCGCUCCAGUUGUGCGGAGAAUCCAGACAUUGGGGGCUGUACUUGGGAUUUUGUUUUUAAAACAGGCAUUAACGUAAAGGGAGUCUCGCCCCCCAUUCCUGCUAACAAGCUUGUAACUUUAAGCUUUAGCUGAAUGAAGGCAGAAAAAAGAGAAACUAACUUUUUUUUUUCCCGAAACCAUAGCUAAUGAAUGUGUAUAACUGAAUCUUUCCUGUCUGUUGAGCGGUGUUUCUCUUGUGGACAAAAAAAAGGGAUUUUUUUUAAAAAAACGGCUUGACCAGGGUGCUGGUCGUUCUAGUGUCAGUCUUGUGGGAUUUGUAGUCCAUGUGUGUCAAUCUUCCCAUCAGAGCGACGAAUUCAAACUACUGCUCCCAUGAUGCACAGCAUUUUAAUCGACCCCCCUCUAGGUAUUUUAAUGGCAAUUUCGUCUCCCCUGGCGCUGUCCGUAACUUUCUACUUGUGUAUGCUUGAAAAAAGUUCGUGGUCUGGUUUCCGCCUUCACGGUAAUUCAUGAUACCAACGUCCUCUUGGUCUUGUGAGUGUUUUAAUUUUUUAUUUUAUAUGCAGACCUUUUGUUCUAAAAAGGCGAGUCCGUAAAUCAGCCCUUCGUCCUCUUUCCACUAUAUAAGCACUAUGUGUAUUGAAAUAAAACCUUCUCCUUUUCCAUAUUUUCUUGUACAUUUUUUUGUGCAUAUUAAAUUGUACAUCACCGGGUAAAACUGUUUCAGAAUAUUUGUUUAAAUUUAUAAUCUUAAUAAAAAAGGAAAA